UCACAAUACAUAACUUGAGUAGUAGUAGUACGUCCCUUUUGAACUGAUAUAACCAGUAGUUUUCCAUUUAUUUUUUGGGAAGGUAUCAAUACCUAUUAACAAAGUUAUCCUGAAUUAGAGUGUUAGACAGAGUACAGACUGAAAAAGUUUGGCUGCAUUCCACCUAAUGCAACCUGUUGGAUCUGUUGAACAAAUGAACAUGACCAAAUGACCCCAACUACACUACAAUCUCUAACUGAAACUUGGGCUAAUUAAUCUUGGAUUAAAACUUCAGAUUCCCUCUACUCCAUCCAUCUCCAUGCAAUGCACACCUUUCUCCUACUACCACUACACCUGAGAGUUGCUCCACAAAAAAGCUGCACCAAAUCCUCCUCUUGCCUCCAUUAAAACCCUACCCCCUCCAUUGCCAAGCUCCUCACACCUCACCACCAUUUUCACCAUGUCUUCUUCACUUGCUGUCCUCCUGCUCGUGAUGCGGCUCGCCGCCGCCAUGGCCGCCUCUCCCAAAAGCUACAUAUCAAGAACCACCGAGCAGCAGGUGAUCGCCACCGUCGCGCCCGCCGUGGACGUCGGCCAGAGCGCGCAGCCUUUCCUCACCUCGCCGUCUGGGUCGUACGCCGCGUACCUCCGCCGCGCCGUGGACAGCUCCGCCGGUGGCCCGGGCGCCGACGCGUGCUACGUCCAAAUCCAGCAGGCUGGCGGCGGCGCCGGCGGUGGUGGCAGCGUGUGGGAGUCGGAGUGCACCCUUGUCGGCGGCGCCGACGCGUGCGACCUGGCGUUCUCGCCGGUGGGGCUCGAGCUCUUCGCCGGCGGGCACUCUCUCUGGGACACCGGGAUCGACGCCGAGCCGGGAACGCUGAGCCUUGACGACGGCGGCGACAUGAGGAUCGUGAGCAAGGACGGCGUGUCGGUGUGGCAGGCGAGCGGCGAGCCGUGGACGGGGCAGCAGUGCGGCGCGGCCGCGCCGGUCUCGCCGUCGCCGACGAUGGACGUGCUCCCGCCGCCGUCGACCACAACCACAGCGAAGCUUCUGACGCCGCCGGCGUCGACCCUCGCCGGCGCCGGGAGCUCGGACCUGUCUUUCGGAGACCAGCUCGCGCCACCGGUUGACACGUCGCUGCCCGCCUCGCCCGACCAGCCACCGGUUGACACUAUGCCUGACCAGCCAUUGCUGCCGCCGCCGCCAGCUGACGCGACACCCGCCACGCCGGACUUGCCGCUGCCACCACCACCGCCGGCCGACACGUACCCUGUCUCUCCUGACCAGCCGCUGUACUCGUCGCCACCGCCGGCUCCGACGGCAUUUGUUCCUCACACGCCAUUGCCACCCGUCGACGUGCCUGCUCUCUCCCCGCCAUUGCCGCACGGCAAGACACCUUCCGGCGCACCAGGUGGCAUAGCACUCCCGCCUGCUGCGCCCGCCGGCGGCGGCAUGCCGCAGCAGCACGGUUCGCCGCACCACCUGCCACUGGGAGCGUCGCCGCCGCCGGAGGCCGCCGCGGUGCCGGACGCGCUGGCGCCGAGCGCUGGCCAUGGCGCGGCGGCGGGGGGGCUCCCGAUCGGGGGGCAGGGGCAGCAGCAGGGCGCGUUUGGACAGCACCAGGUGCUGAACGGCGCGGGGCAGCCAUUGGAGGACAGCUCCGGCGAGCGGCCAAGAGGAGCGCACGCCGCCGUCGUCGUCACCUCCGGCUUGGUUUCUCUACUGAUUGCACUUGGAUUUGGCUUCUAAAUUUUACCCCCUUUCUUGAAGAUUUUUAUGGUGUUUCUUUCCUUGUCAGUGAUUUGUCAAAUUUGUAGCAAGAAAGCAUGUCAUGUUCGUAGAAAGACAAUUUGUGUGACAUUGUUGUUGUUGCCAGAGUGUAAGUAGGGAUUAUAAUAAUGUUUUGUGUUCUUGCAAAUGUACUAUGUAUAUCCCUGUUAAUGAAAUGAAAAUCCUCAAGUUUUAUCAAACCAA